AUGGAAUUCAAUGAAAACGAAGACGCUUCUUUGGCUUUGGCACUAAAGUUACAAACUGAAGAAAAAAACUCUAUGAAUCAGUUGCUUCCAAAGCUUCCCAAUGACGAAUUGAUACAUGAAUUCUCUCACUAUGAUGCAAAUCCCGAUCUUCACGGUCUGUUUAUUACCUUUAAUCAACAAUAUUUUUGGAAUAGUUUGCAAAGCGUAGAAUGUGCGGGGCUGUGUCGUUAUCAAAGUGGUGGUUAUUGUAGCAUUCGCAUGAGUGAACCCUUAUUGAAAUUCAGAACUCGACAAGACAUGAUCGAAACAUUGCUACACGAAAUGAUUCACGCCUACCUAUUCGUAACAAAAAAUAACCGUGAUCAUGAUGCUCACGGGCAGGAAUUUCAUAAACACAUGAAUCGCAUUAAUAAAGCAGCCGGAACUAACAUUACUGUAUAUCAUAAUUUUCACGACGAAGUCAACUAUUAUAGGACACACGGGCAGUGUCAAUAUAAAGCACCAUAUUUCGGUAUCGUAAGACGUGCGAUGAACAGGCCACCUCAACCUGCGGAUAGUUGGUGGAAUGAACAUCAAGAGUCAUGUCGAGGAAAAUUUACCAAAAUAUCGGAACCUCCCAAAAAGGAAGCCACGAAGAAGUCAACAAAGAGGAUCGAGAAACGUAAACGUGAAAUUGAUGAUGCUGGCUCCAAUACUAAACUCGACAGUUGGUUGGGAAGUAAAAGGAAAAAGGAUUCAACUGGUGAUAAUGAUAACAUCGUCCAAGAAUCAAGAGUUAUCGAAAUAGAUUCAGGUGAAGAAGCUUCACCGAACUCUGUUCAAUGUCCAAUUUGUGGCAAUAGUGCUAUCAAGGAAUCAGAUAUCAAUGAACAUGUAGAUCUGUGUCUUUGGUUAUCAGAUAAUAGACGAUAG